GUGAAGACUCUACAUUCUCACAGCAUUCACAUUUUAUAAUUCUCAAAUAGAAAAUGAAAAUAAAUGGUCACUCAUCGUAGGAGGAGACGUGCUACCAAGCAGGAGCAGGCAACGCAAAGUCAAGAUGGCAGUCAGCAUAUGAUGCCCACCCUGGUGAAGCCUAGUCCACCGACAAAUAGCGGCAUAAUGGUGUUGCCCUCACUCUCACGAGAUCCUCAUCUAGUGCAGGCAAUGCAACAAUGUCUAUCCAAUCACUCGCUCUUGAGUCGCCGUUGUCAUAGGCCUAAAUCUAAAGGAUAUCCUCGGAAAUUGCACAAAUUACUCACAGUGAAACCGUUUCAAAGAAGAAAGGAAGCGGGUAAAAUGCCACCAAUUGAUUCCCGAUCAUGGCGUACAUUAAAUCCUAGUGCUACAGGCAAUCCUUAUAUGAGCGGACGCUCUGGUCAUAGUUUGAAACCUUUUGAACGCUCCCGUGGUAGCUCACGAUCUCGACACAGUUCAUCCUUUUAUCCCUCAACCUGGCAGCUGGAGGAUGAUUCAAUUAAGAAAAACGAAAAGAUAAUUGAUUCUAAAAACAGUCUCGAAGAGAUAAUCCAUUGUGCUUGUCUAAAUCGCACGACCUACGAUCAUCGAUUGAACGUUCCCCUCAAGACAGAUACGGCGUGUCAGUGUCGAUUGAAACGAAGUCGCGAGAAGGCCAUUCAAAUGCCAUCCACACGGAUACGAUCACGGACUUCUUGCAAACUGAAAAGGCUCAAGCAUUUGAUCUCAAAGCAUUUGUUCUCCGUCGUGGCUCAGCAAACGCAAACCUCGUUGAAGAGUAAUUCGCAUAAAGGAAAGGUCAGCAGCUUGGGCAAUUCCAGUUUGCAUCAAUGCCGUGCGUACAGUGGGGAAGAGGACAACAGCAAGAAUACCAACAAAAAGGUGGCCAAAUUUAAAAACUAUGGUGGUUACUCUCCAUCCGAGACAAGUUUCGAAGAUACCCAAGAACGUCCAGCGGAGCAUUUAUCGCGAAUCGAAAAGAUCAGUAAGCCACCGCAACGUAGACCUUCCGAUCCACCAAGGAUCCAGCGAGAAAAUAGUGGAAGACACAUGGAUUGUGAUAUUCAGGGUCCACCUUGGAGCCUACAUUUGGCUAACGUCAAAGAGAUCGAGAGAUAUGCGGCUAGAUCUGCAGAUUGUGACUAUUGUGAAACAGUGUGCCCCAAAAGAGAUAUAUGCCAAUGUGAGUAUGAGGAUUACUACGACGAGUAUGAUAACGAUGAGGAUUAUAAUGAUAAUGAUGAGAAAUACAAUGAUUACGACAACGAUGGAGAUGGGGAUGCCGAAGAAGAUGGGAUUGCGGAUGGGGAUGGUGAUGCCAAUGACUGGGCGUCAAAAUCUGUCAUAGUGGAAAACUCUGAGAAGGGCCAAGAAGAUGAAAAUAGCACUAACACUCAGGAAGAUCUCGAUGACAAUGAAGAUGCUGAAGUUGUGGAAGAAGUAGCUCCUGUCAAUGAAGAUUCUCGAGUUGAUGUUGACGACAAAAAAGAUGAGAACAAAGAUUCAUCGCACCAAAGGGAUAGUUCAAAAACUAAAAAGUGGAAAAAUGUAGGAUUUUGUCCGGAUGUUACUUGCAAUCGCAAAUGUGGACACUGUUCGAAAGUACAAAGGGAAACCGAAUGCGACUGCGAAAAUUCAGUCAGGGGUAGAAAUGGAGGACCACCUAGAUAUACGAACAGAGGCAUAUGCAAGUGCUGCCAGUGUUCAAGGACUCCGAGUUCUAAUCGAUUAAAUAGAGAUAAUAGAGGGUUUUGUGCCGCUGCUAAAUGCGAUCGCAAAUGUCGUCGCUGUCGUGAAGUUAUGACUCAAACAUCCAAAGAAGGUUUAACAAAAGAAUUACCAUCAGAAGAGCAAGAUGAAAAAUCAACAAACCCCAAAAAACAAUCUACAAAUCUCAGAUCGGAUAGAUCCAGUCAAUUGAAUACCAAUAAUGUCCGCAGAGAAAGUCCUCGCCAAACUAAAAGCUCCCGGAAAACGGUUUCAACUGACAAGCAACGAUCCACUGAUAGUCAACAAUCACUGGAUAAUGGAUCUCAAAAUUCCGGCAAAACAGAUCAGCGCAUUUCUCGUGACAGUCCAACAAAGAUGGAAAGUCAAUCGAAAGAAGAAAGUCAAGGUUCAGUUGAUAAUCGGUCUACCAAUUCACGGAGAUCGCCCGCAAAUGUUCAGCGCCGUUCUCGUGACAGUCCAACAAAGAUGGAAAGUCAAUCGAAAGAAGAAAGUCAAGGUUCAGUUGAUAAUCGGUCUACCAAUUCACGGAGAUCGCCCGCAAAUGUUCAGCGCCGUUCUUGUGACAGUCCAACAAAGAUGGACAGUCAAUCGAGAGAAGGAAGUCAACGUUCAGUUGAUAAUCGCUCAACAACUUCACCGAGAUCCGUCAAAACUGAUCAGGGCCGUUCUCGUGACAGUCCCAGGAGGAUAGAAAGCCAAUCGAAAGAAGAAAGUCAAGGUUCACUUGAUAAUCGGUCUACCAAUUCACGGAGAUCGCCCGCAAAUGAUCAGCGCCGUUCUCGUGACAGUCCAACAAAAAUGGAAAGUCAAUCGAGAGAAGGAAGUCAACGUUCAGUUGAUAAUCGCUCAACAACUUCACCGAGAUCCGUCAAAACUGAUCAGGGCCGUUCUCGUGACAGUCCCAGGAGGAUAGAAAGCCAAUCGAAAGAAGAAAGUCAAGGUUCACUUGAUAAUCGGUCUACCAAUUCACGGAGAUCAUCCGCAAAUGAUCAGCGCCGUUCUCGUGACAGUCCAAAAAAGAUAGAAAGUCAAUCGAAAGAAGGAAGUCCACAGGAUACUGGAUCCCGAAGGAGUACCAUAACUGAAACACGUCGAUCUCCUGAUCUCUCAAAAGAGGGAAGUCAACGUUCAAUGGAUACCAAGGCGACAGAUUCUAGAGAUUACAGAAACAGAAUAUCAAAAACCGUUGAGGUCGAAGAAGAUAUUUCUUUCACAAAGAACAGAGAUCGAAGUUCAUCGGAUGAUCAAUCCAAGAGAAAAGAGAGCCGCAGGAAUUCAAAAAGUGGCGAAGGACUACUAGAGAGUUCUAUAAGCAGACAUGGUGGACCUAAGGAAAAUACUAGUAAGUUAACUACCAGAGAAUCUCUAGGAGAAGUUCCAGUAAAUGUGGAAAAUUAUGCAAAUGAAGAUGUUAAAAGAGAUGCACCGGAUAAAAAACAUUGUGGUGACUCAAAAUGCUUUAGCCAAUGCCGUCCAUGUUCUGAGGCUGUGACACAAACUUAUUUCUCUCCAGAAUUCAUGCUAAGAUGCUAUUGUCCCUGUGCAGAGGCAGUGACUCAAACAAGUUAUCGAUGCUUGUGCUGUCGGCGCUGUGGUGUUGCCAUGAGGCGAGCUCGCUGUGGCGAGGCGAGCUCACGCCGAAGGGAUAGUGGGACAGAGGCAAGCACAUUUAGUGGUAAAUAUUCCCAAAUUUCCAAGUACGGACCAGAUAGAUUUUGUUACUGUACGGAAAAUCGAAAAAAUUCCUCGAAAAGUAUGUUCAACAAAUUUACUAAUCAUAGCCGAAGAUCAUCUAUUGAUCGUAGAUAUAGACAAACUGAACUACAACAUUUUCCCAACUACCCAAAAGCAUAUCAUUGUGGUGAUAAAAGCUGUACUCCGAGCCAUCUGCAGGCAGAAUGCAAUUAUCCGAGUGUGGCAAUUGGCAGUCAGAGCGAUCUGAAACAGAUCAUAGAUAUCUUGCAUAAAGCAGUAAAUGGUUUGGAACUUCAACAGAAUACUAAAGAAGAAAUUCCACCACGCAAUGGCGCAAAGGGAGGUCGAGAUGUACCCUUAAGCAAUCAGGGGAGCUAUGCGGACUACCAACAACCACAACAACCCUGUAUAAAAAAUUCGUGUCCACUAAAUCAUCCUCAUUAUGCUACUCAAAAGAUGCAACCGCAUUACUGCCAGAAUAAUAAAGCAUGUCCUCUAAAUGUUCAGUUAUAUGCCCUUAAUGAAUAUUCCAAACAACAGUCAAUUAACCAAAAUUCAGGAAAACCCAUUCGAAAAAGUCAACGCGAGGACCGCAGUUUGCCGUUGUCUAUCCCAAAAGUUCCUUCUCCAAAUUAUAAAGAUCAACGUUUUAAUACUCAAGACCGAAGGAGUCAGGAUCCAACUUUAAGUUCUUCAAAUCCUGAACUCAAGUCUCCUAGAUUUAAGGACUUUAAUACGCAAGGAAAAAACUCUAACGAUAGGUAUCCAUUAUUGCACCUUACAAAACUGCCAGGUUUAAUGUCUUUUCAAACAAAUAAAGAUGACCAAGGAUUACCUGCAAAGUAUUCACGUCAUAUAGAAGACAUAAAUCACAAAGAUCGAAUGUCUAAACAAGAUCAGGCUUCAAUAUAUCAAUCGUCAGCUGCAGAUGCGCAGAAUUAUACCAAAAGGCAGGGUUCAGAUCCGAAUAUAAUGCCGAAUGGGAAUGCGAAUAUUGAAGGUCAGACUUUAUAUUAUCAAGGUCAGAUAUUAUCAUCUACAAAACCUGAUAUUAAGGGUCGUAGAACAUCAUAUCCCCCAUUAAAUCAAAAUUAUCAAAGCCAAAUUUCGCCAAUUUCGUAUCAGGACCAAAGGGAAGAAAGAAGAACUAUGCCAACUCGUCGACAAAGUGGUCAAGCUAUUCAAAAUCCCCAAGAUUCUUCUAAUAUGUAUCACUUAAGACCUGUGAGAUUUCAGGUAAGUGAGCCUAUUUACCAGCGGGAUCCCAGCUCUUUGCAUGAGGAAAGGAUAUUUAGCACUUCACAAAGUUUAGACGAAACCAAACCUCAAUUGUAUUCAGCUAAUGACUGCAUCGAAGACGUAAAAUUUACUCAUCCUUAUGGAUUAAACGAGCCUUUUAAUCAGACUAUGCAAAAGUAUAAUAAAUACCCUGAAUAUUGCCAAGAUCAGGUAGAAUAUAAAACUAAAAAACAUCAAGAAUAUAUCUGUGAUAAGUCGCCAUGUCCACAAAAAUUAUAUCAUCACCUUCAAGCGUCCAAUUCCUCUUGUCGCGUAGGCUUUACCGAUCCUCAAGUACCAAUGGAUAAUAAAUUGCGUAAAAUUAGUGGUCAAUCGGGUGAUUUUUUAAACGAUGAACAAAGUCACAUGAUGCAAAUGCAAUUAGCAAAUGGGCAGAGGAGCAAUUUGAGCCCAAAAAUCCAAUCCAAAUGGCCACAAACAUGUAAUCCAAUUAAUACCCUCAAUGGAAACAGUUUUCUUAUAAAGCAACACUUUUGGCCGUCUAAGGAUAAAGAUAAUCGCAAUCAAAUGAUUACAAGAGAUUUCCUACCAAACUGUGAGUCAAAUCCAGGCAUAGUACCCAUAUGGCCGCAACCUAAGAAGCUACAAGGAAGAAAUUCCACGAUUGCUUUAAAUAAAAGUAGUUUCUUAACGGAACAAAAUUGUUGGACAAGUGAAAAGCCAGGGGAAAAUAGUAUUCUAAACUGCGAUUGUAAAAAUAGAGAGGAUAUCCCAACUACUCCUGUUUCCCGUUUCAAGCAUACCAAUUCUAACGUGGCCCUAUCAAGACUUAGCAGUUAUGAUAAACACAUUUUAAGAGAUUUCGAGAAAUCUAAAAGAGUUCCUCAACCAACAUCUGAGAAAUCCAAAAAAGUUCCUCAACCAAUAUCUGAAGAGACAUCAUCGGGUUGUGAAUGUGAGGAACCUCCCAAAUGCCCUUGCUCGGAUCAAUCAAAUCAAUCUGACCAAAGAAAUCCAAGACCUGCAUGUCUCUGUUCCGGCUGCAUGGAGAAGCUAAAAAGAGAAAAUGAACAUAUCCAUUACGAUGCUGAGCCCAAGACCUCCAAGGUAAAGUUUGCUUGCUGUAAGAUGCCAAAACGAGAGAAGAAAGAAGCCCCGAAACAGGUGGAACCAAAAAAAGAAAGACGAGAAAAACCCAGAAAAGUGGAGACGAAACCUUCGAGGGGACUUUUUGCAUGCUGCAAGAAGGAAAAAGGCGAUAAAAAAAUGGAGCCAAAAACAACAAGAGAGAAAGAGAAAAAGGAGACGGAAAAGAAGCCUUCGAGGGGAAUUUUCGCAUGCUGCAAGAAACGCGAGAAAGAGAAAAAAGAAACCUCCAAAGAAGUGGAGUCAAAGCCAUCCAAAGGACUGUUUCCUUGCUGUAAGAAAUCUAAAAAAGAGAAGAAAGAAAUACCCAAGGAGAAUGAGCCAAAGGCGAAAUCAUCCAAAAAUCUUUUCGCAUGUUGUAAAAGACCCAAAAAAGAGAAGGAAGAAAAACCCAAAGACACUGAGCCAAAGGCGAGAUCAUCCAAAAAUCUUUUCUCAUGCUGUAAAAGACCUAAAAAAGAGAAGGAAGAAACACCUAAGGAUGCUAAGCCAAAGUCGAAGCCUUCCAAGAAUCUUUUCUCUUGCUGCAUAUUAUCAAAAAAAGAGAAAAAAGAAGCAUCCAAGGACGCAGAAUCGAAAGCGUCUAAAAAAGAGAAAAAAGAAACGUCCAAGGAUGUCAAAUCAAAGAGAUCCUGCAGUUUCACACCUUGCUGGAAAGGAGAGAAGUCGGAAAAUGAAAAACCCGAGCCACCGCCGAAGCCACCAAGAACCGGAAACAUAUACGAUGAGGAAAUUGAAUGCCCAUGCCCUAAGCCCAGACAAGUUGAAGAGGUCAAGGUACUUUUUGAUUGCAGUUCUCGAUUCUGCGAUUGUUCCAGUGAGGAAGAAGUAACCAUCUGCUAUAAUCCCCGAACUCGCCAGAUACCAGACCACGAAGGACACAAUUAUGUGAUAUGUAAUAAACUUGAAUCGCCACCAAUUUACACUUGUUGUCGACCUCCGACUAGAUCAGUUGAGAGCUACGAAUCGACGAGUUCGAAUAGUUCAUGUGAUUGCGAUUCCUCGGCAGACUCCUCCGAUGAAAAUGAUGACGAAUCACAAAAUGCAAAUCAUUUCUAUAACAUAUUCACAACUCAAAAUUCAAAUAAUACAAAUUGUAAUUGUAAUUUACGAAGAAGAUAA